CCCACCACCACAAAAAACUGUCACUGGCCCCCGCGGAGCGACAAUUUGAAAGAGAGGCCAUGACUUUAUCUCACAGAAGAAUGAAGAGAAAAAGAAGAAGAAACGACCCAAAUGAGUGCUCUCACUUGUUGUUCCACGUCUUCUGCUUGCUGCCGGACCCGGUUCUUCGGCAGACCCCUCAAUCCUUCUUCUCUCCCUGCCACUUCUUCCCUUCUCCACCACCACCACCCCCCCUUCUCCUUACGAGUUUCUAAUGACGCUACUAGGACUGAUGUGUCAACUGAUCCUACCAUUGAGAAGGCUGAGGCUGACAAGCUUGUUGAUGGAAUGGAUUUUGGUGAGCUUUGUAAUGACUUUGAAUGCAUCAGUAGUCCCUCUGUGGAAUCUACAGCAAGGCAACUAGCACGUGAUAUCCUGGAGCUACGAGAUGGCAAUCGUGCUUUAGGAACUUUUGCUGUUUCUGUCAAAUAUAAGGAUCCAGUUAGAAGUUUUACUGGUCGGAACAAAUACAAGAGAACAUUAUGGGUAAAUGAUGUACUAGAUAAACCCUUGGUGACAAUACAAGAAAUGGUAAUGAUGUCAACCAGUGUCCUAAGCAUCAAAUGGACAAUCAAAGGGAGGCCAAAAUCAUUACUUGCUAGUAUAGGAGGAGACAUUAUAGUGAGAGUGAAUUCUCGGUUCACUCUAAACCAGAUAAGUGGCCAAGUAAUUGAACAUGAAGAGUUCUGGGAUUUGUCUGCAUCAUCAGCCAUUGCUCAGGCAUUUUUCUGGAUAUCUCGCCGAAUUUUUGCUACAAUUGAGGCUGGAAAGGAUGCAGCUGAUACUGUUAAGAACAUGACCAGCCGUUUUCCAAUGGAAAAAGAAAAUUUGGAGAUAUAUCCAGAUCCUUCUGGUGAUCCAACUAAGUUCUUUCAAAGGGAUGAUGGCUUCCAACGGGAUGUGUAUCAGAUUGCACUUUUCCUGGCAGUCCUCUAUUUUGUUGUACAGUUUUUGAGGACAACCUUAUGAAACUUCAAACCUGUCCUACCCAUGCCCCUUCUUGUAAUUGUAAUAAUAGUUAUGUUGUGUAUAAUAUUGUCUAUAAAUAUGGUGUUAUUGUUGUAGUCAAAGUACCAUCUCAUGUCUGUGGUUAUUACUAAUUGUCUUCCCUACUUUAAGUUCACACUAUACAUGUAAUAAUGGUAAUUAUUUUUCCACCAUAUAUGAAAAUGGUUCUUGUCUUUUA